AUGGCGCCAAAGGGAGAGAAGAAGCCCGCUGAGAAGAAACCCGUGGAAGAGAAGAAGUCUACGGUGGCGGAGAAGGCUCCGGUCGAGAAGAAACCCAAGGCCGGGAAGAAGCUACCCAAGGAUGGCGGUGCCGGAGACAAGAAGAAGAAGAGAAGCAAGAAGAGUGUUGAAACAUACAAGAUAUACAUCUUCAAAGUUCUGAAGCAGGUUCACCCUGACAUUGGUAUCUCAAGCAAGGCCAUGGGAAUCAUGAACAGCUUCAUCAAUGAUAUCUUCGAGAAGCUUGCUGCUGAGUCUUCCAGACUUGCAAGGUACAACAAGAAGCCAACCAUCACAUCCAGGGAAAUUCAGACUGCAGUCAGGCUUGUUCUGCCUGGGGAAUUGGCUAAGCAUGCUGUUUCUGAGGGAACCAAAGCUGUGACUAAGUUUACGAGUGCUUGA